CCCACCCCCACCCCGACCUCGCGAUGGCCGGCGACGGCGAUCCCGACACAUACCUGAAGCGCACCCAGGCGGAGAUCCUCCGUCUCGAGCACAAGCGCGCGUGCAUUGACCAAGAGGCCCACAGUCCCGCCGGCUCUCCAGCACUCUCUUCGCCUGAAACUGGGGUUGAGGAGCACGCCGGCAAGGUGAGCAGCAGUGAGCCUGGGUGUACAAGCAUGGAUCUGGCUAAUUUUGAGACCCUGACGCUGAACGACACACCUCACACACUUGAAUCAGCUGACAGGGUGGCAAUGCAUGCUGACGCAGUCGAUGGUGCCGUUCUUGAUUCCACACUUGCGGAGCCACCAGCGCACGAGAAACAAAAACCAAGGCGGGAGAUACCACGAAAAUAUUGGCCACCCAAGUAUGAAGGUGAUAUAAAAUUUGCAGAAGAACAAGCUCGAAAACAAGCUGAAUCAAUUCAAGAACGAGGACAUUAUAUUUCUUCUAAGGAAGAACUUGCUCAAAAUGGGAAUAGAUGGAUGACCGAGGAGGCGAUGGUGGCUUUCAGAAGAUACAUCGAGAGUGAAGAUGAUCUUAAGGGAGUUGAGUAUGAAUUUGAUGAACUUCUCCAUCAAUGUUUUAAUGUGGAGCAUUAUUUAAAGACAUGUCAUCACUUCACCUUUACUGUCAAGAUAAAGAAGCAUGGCUCAGCCGAUUGGACAUCGGUGAUGUACUUCGCUGAGGUCCGCGGAAUAUUUAUGAUAAAGGAUUAUUUCUGUUAUCCUUUGGACCCGGAUGAAAAUGGUCAAUGUUAUGUAUGUCAGAACCAAGGAAUGCAUGAGUUAAGGCACCCAUCGGUAGGGAUAUUUGGCUGCGGCAAGGAAGAUGCAUCAUUUCCCUACUAUUGUGAGGAAAGUGACUCUGAUGAAUAUCAUCCAAAAAUGGAAUGGAGUGAAUCUGAUGAUGAUAUGAGUUGAUGUCAUUGUCCAUCAUUCUUGUAGGAGUGCAUCUGAAAAAUGGUCACUUGCCGCACAGCAAUGGCUUAUCAGGGUUCACCCCUAGCUCCAGCAGUAUCAUCCAUGGCUGGCUGGGACCUUUUUUAUUUUUGGGUUCUAUUUAGAGAGACUGGCUGGACAUGGGAUGUGCUAUUAUGUAUUGUUGGUUAUAAUGCCACACUGGUGUUUGCUCUGAUGCAACUGGUUUGUUUAAGUUCUUGGGUUCGCACCUGGUGAAAUGUAAGUUUGCAUGUACUUUUUUUUGAGUUGGUGUUUUCAUGUACCUGGAACUGAUGAAGUACAUCAUCUGACUCAAACACCUGAAUUGUGUUGUCC